AUGGCACGAUCUCGCGGGAAGGGAGGUAAACCUCUCACGAAGGGAGGAAAGGCUUCGGCCGAAGAGAGUACCGCCGCCACUGCCGCUCCCUCGAUCCUCUCACCAGAGUUGAUGGCCGAGCUCGGCGAUGACAGCGCUGGCGGUGCCAUGGUAACCCAGAGCGCCAGCAACAAGGGAAAAAACAAAAAGAGAGGGCGCGUCGUCAGCAGCGAGACGCGGGAGCUUGCGGCUACCAUCAGCAAGAGUAAGGCCAAGAAGCUCAAGCAACUGGAGGACAAGAAGCUCAAGGACGGUCGGAGGGCGGAGCUGUACCUCAAGCUCGAAAAGAACCGCAUGUCGCAGAACCAGCUGUCCCUCCUGCAGUCCUCCAAGACGAUCAGCAUGAACCAGGACACCCUGAGAUCGAGGCUGAAGCAGGCGGUGCAGAAGGCGGUGGCCGGCGUGGCCCUCAGCGAUGCCGCCAUCAACGAGCUCGAGAGCCACCCCGGACCUGUCGCCGACAUCGAAGACGCGCUGGCGUUGCCGGUGGGAGGCGCCCUGGCGGCCGCGAGGAAAAGCAGCGGCCGUGCAGCCCCGAGAGCACCAGAAGGAGGAGGAGGAGGCAGCAAGUCAGUGAUUGCAGCUAAGACAGACGAUGGCAAGCGCACGGGGAGCGCCAAGGCCGGAGCCGGUCUCGCGAGGGACGGUGCAGCAGGGGCGGCGGCGAGUGGUGUGAAAGAGAAGGCCGAGGCCGUCGUGGUGGCGAGCAAGAAGCGGAGGCACGCGGAAGAGCCUGCUGCCGUUGCUCCCAAGCCUACUAAGAAACGGAUACAGAUCGUGGCUGCGGCAACGCCGAAAAGCAGCGACAGCAGCAGCGACGGUGACGACAGCAGCGACGAAAGGGAGAACGACCUCAAACCAAACGCCCCAGCAGAGAGGCUCAAAGCAGCGGCAGCAGCAGAAGUCACAAACACCGCCGCUGGCGACAAGGGCGCCGCCGCCGCCGCCGCCGAUACCAAAACCAAAGGCAAUACUUCAACCACCAGCGGCAGCAGCUGGGCGGCGAAGAUGAUGUCCUCCAUGGCAAGACUUUCCACCAGCGGCAGCACCCCAAAGUGGGGCGCUUUAUCUUCUGGCACAGCUAAAGGGAGCAGUGGUAAGACGCCUGGGAAGGCUUUGAACGCAGACGGUGACGGUGACGCAGCCGGUACUGGUGCCGCUGCCGAGAACGUCGACAUCAAUGAAGGUGGUGCUGACGAUGAAGCGAACGAAGAUAAGCCGACGACGGCCCCCUCGGCGGUCGUAGCCUCCUACCCCCCGCCGCCCAGCUGGCUGGAAGGCAACACUCCCGCGUACCACGCCGUCGAGAAGCCGCUCCCGUCGGUGUCGGGCGAGAGCGGCUACGGCCACCCGUCGACCGGCGGCGGCGGAGCUAGCUUGCCACCGCGUCCCAAGAGGUGGGUGCCCGUGAAGCGCCCGGUCGCCCUGCAGGCCGCUCGCCAGCAGCUGCCCGUGUGCGGGAUGGAGCAGGAGAUCAUGGAGGCGGUCCACGAGAACGACACAGUCAUCCUGUGCGGGGAGACCGGGUCGGGGAAGUCCACGCAGGUGCCCCAGUUCCUUUACGAGGCCGGCUACGCCGCGCACGGCCUGAUCGGGGUGACGCAGCCGAGACGGGUCGCGGCGGUGGGCACGGCGGAGAGGGUCGCCGUCGAGCUCGGUACCAAGUGCGGGAAGGGGGGAGCGGUGGCGUACCAGAUCCGUUACGAUGCAUCCGGGGUCGGGGAGAAGACGAGGGUCAAGUUCAUGACGGACGGUGUCUUGCUGCAGGAGAUCACCUCUGACCUGCUGCUGCGCAAAUACAGCGUGGUGCUGCUGGACGAGGCGCACGAGAGGAACCUUAACACGGACGUGCUGCUGGGGAUGCUUUCGAGAUCGAUCCCGCUGAGAAAGCAAGUGGCAGAUGAAGAGCAGCGUGCGUGGAACAUGCUCGGCGAGGAUAGCAAGAAAACCGCCAAGCUUCCGCUGCGGCCUCUGAAGCUGGUGAUCAUGUCCGCCACGCUGAGGGUGACCGACUUCACGGAGAACAAGGCGCUGUUUCCGGUGCCACCUCCGGUCAUCAGCGCGACAAGUCGGCAGCACCCGGUCACUGUGCACUUCAGCAAGAGGACGGAGCUCUACGACUACUCCGGCGAGACCUUCAAGAAGGUGUGUAAGAUCCAUCAGCGUCUGCCGGAAGGCGGCAUCCUGGUAUUCAUGACGGGGAAGCGCGAGAUCCUGCACAUGUGCGACAAGCUCCGACGAGAGUUUCCGCCGCCGAGGCCGGCCGCCGCCGGUAAACGUGACCGGAAGAAGAGCGGCGGUGGCAGCUGCAGCAGCAGUAGUGCGAAGCAAGGAGAGGCCGGCGGUGCGGCAAAGCAAGAGGGCGGAGCCAACGAGGAUGGAGCCGGAGGGGAUGGUGAGGCGAACGAUAGUGGGAGCGGAGAAAAGACGCGGGAUGACAUCGAUGCUGCUAAGCAGGUGAAGUCGCCUGAGGGCAAGAAGGGUAUGAACAAGAACCAUAACAAGAAGCCUUCCGAGGGCAACCCCUUGGUGCCGGAGCCACUGCAGGAGGAAGAGCAGCGGGGUGGUGUCGAUGCUGCUACGACAACCAAGUCGCCCAAGGGCAAGAAGGGUAAGAAGAAGAAGUCUCCCAAGCCGGUGGUCCCAGAGGCACUGCAGGAAGAAGAACAGGGGGGCGACGUCGAUGCGAAGAAGGCGAAGUCUUCCCAGGGCAAGGGUACGAAGAGGAAGCCAGGGCAAACGGAAGAGCGGGUGGUGCCGGAGCCACUGCGGGAGGAGGAGCAGAGCGAUGGUAUCGAUGCUAAGAAGAAAAAUAAGUCGACCAAGGACAAGAAGUCGAAGUCGCCCAAGGGCAAGUCGGCGGUGCUGAAGCCAAUGCAGAAGGAAGAGCAGAGCGAUGCCGUUGAUGCCAAGAAGGCGAAAUCAUCCACAGGCGAGGACUACGGGGAGGGCAAGAAGACGAAGCCACGGCAGGGAGAACCGGUGGUGCCGGAGCCACUGCAGAAGGAGGAGCAGAGAAAUGACGUCGACGCUAAGAAGAAAAAGAAGUCGCCCAAGAGCAAGCCGGUGGUGCCGGAGCCACUGCAGGAGGAGGAGGAGGAGGAGGAGCAGGAGGAGGAGCAGAAGGACGUCGUCGAUGCUAAGAAGGCGAAAUCGUCCAAGGACAAGGGCAAAAAGACGAAGCCUUGCAAGCCGGUGGUGCCGGAGGCACUGCAGGAGGAAGAGCAGGGGAAUGACGUCGACGCUGCUACGAAAGCGAAAUCGUCCCAGGGCAAGGAUAAGAAGAUGAAGCUGCCGCAGGAGGAGGAAAAGCCGGUUGUGCCGGAGGCACUGCAGGAGGAAGAGCAGAGGGGUGACGCCGACGCUGCUAAGAAGGCCACGCCGACCAAGGGCAAGAAGGCGAGGCCGCCACGUCCGGAGGAGAAGCCGAGGGAGACGGACAGGGAGGCGCUGCUGUACCGGGAGGCCGACGAUGACGAGGAGGACGCCACCCGUCUCGGGGACAUGGAAGAAGGAGGUGCCGACAACGACGACGGUGAUGAUUCACUCGACGGAGAAGAAGGCGGGGGGCUGAGCAGCGGUAGCGAGGUAGAAGAAGAAGAAAAAGGGGGAGCCGACGGCAAGAUGGGGUCGUUCGGGGACGACGACGACGACGAGGGCGGCGAGGGCGGCGCAAGGCAGGCGCUGCCUCCCGUGCACGUGGUGCCGCUGUACGCGAUGCUCACCGCCGAGGAGCAGGCCACGGUGUUCCGGCCGCCCCCGGACGGCCACCGCCUGGUCGUCGUCGCCACCAACGUCGCCGAGACCAGCAUCACCAUCCCGGGCAUCGCGUACGUGGUGGACUGCGGCAGGCAGAAGAGGCGGGUCGUGCAGCGCGGCAGCGGGAUCAGCCAGUUCGAGGUCGGGUGGGUGUCGAAGGCGUCUGCGGACCAGAGGGCGGGGAGGGCGGGGAGGACGGGGCCCGGCCAUUGUUACCGGCUGUAUAGCAGCGCCCUGUACACCCAAACCAUGGAGGCGUUCGCCCCUCCGGAGGUGCUGACCCGACCGCUGGAAGACGUGAUGCUGCAGAUGAAGGCCAUGGGGGUCGUGGACGUUUCUCGCUUCCCUUUCCCGACGCCCCCCGACGCGGUCGGCCUUCGCUCGGCGGCCGUCCUCCUAGCGAACCUCGGCGCCACCGCGGGGCGCGGGAGCGCCGCCACCAGCGGCGACGGUAGUAGCGGUAGCGGCGAGAUCACCCCGGUCGGCAAGGCCCUCGCGCUGCUGCCCGUGGGCGCGCGGUACGCCAAGAUGCUGCUGCUGGCCGCGCAGGGGGGGCUGCUGGCGCACGCCGCCGCCCUCGUCGCGAUGCUCACCGAGGGCGACCCGUUCGUCAGGCCGGACUCCGCUGUCGCGGUCAAGGGUGAUGGCGGCGAGGAGGGGGAAGAGGGUGGGGGUGGUGAUGAUGCCGAAGAGGUCCGACGGAUAAGGGCGCAGUGGUUGCACCCCACCAGCGACGCUCUGGCGAGGUUGAAAGCGGCUGGGGCGUACGCCUUCGCGACUUCCGGUGGCACCGCGACCGGGGGCGGAGACUUCUGCCGCGAGAACUACCUCCACGGACCGACCAUGGACCGCUCCCUGCAGCUCCGGCGGCAGCUGUCGCGCCUCGUCGAGCUCCGCUUCGGGACGGAGCCGGGCUGGAAAGGAUGCAACGUGGCCGGCGCGCUGCGGCCGCCAUCGUCGAAGCAGUCGGACGCCUUGCGACAGGUAUUGUUGUCUGGGCUGUUGGACAAUGUCGCUCGAAGGGCGCCGGCGGGGACCGUCAAGGCCGGGAGCAAGCUUUUCCGGGAGUGCGCAUACCUCAGCUGCAACGAGGCCGUCACGGAGCCCCUGUACAUCAAGAGCACCUCGGUUCUGUUUUCGAGAGACCCGCUGGAGCUGCCGGAAUGGGUGGUGUACCAGGACAUCGUGCGCGGCGAACGCGAGGGAGCGGCGGCGCACAUGACCUGCGUGACCGCGAUCGAGGCCGCGUGGAUCCCCGCUCUGGCGGAGGGCUCGCCGCUGUUGUCCUUCUCCGACCCGCUGGUGUCGCCGCCGCCGACGUAUGACAGCAAAGAGACCCACGCCGUCCUUUGCAGGGUUACCCCUCGGUACGGCGUCCACGGGUGGGAGUUGCCCCCGCACCUCACGACGCUGGCCUCUGUCGCGCCGAAGAACAGACCCGACACUGUUUUCCGGUGGUUCGGGAGGCUGUUGCUGGAGGGAGGGGUGGCCGGGUGCCUCUCGGAGCUGAAGACGAAGGAGAUGCUCAACGAUCCUCCUUCGCUGCUCACUAGGGAGAGGCCGACGAAGAAGGUGGCCAUCCUCGUGCUAGAGCUGCGGCAGAGGGGCGUCUGCUCCCUCCCGGCCCUGCUGCGGGAGUGGCAGAGAGACCCGACUUACCUCAAGGGCGCCGUCGAGAUGUGGGUCAAGCUGGGCUCCAGGCAGGGCUUCGAGAAGGCAUGGCCGACCGCGAUAAGGACGGCCGUGGCAGUCGUGGGCGGCGCCUCCGGCGCUGCGGGCGGGCGCCGGCGCGGGGUUGUUGCUGACGUCUCCGCCGCCGCGGCCCCCCGGUCGAUGGAGGAGAAAAUCGGAGCGCCCCCGCUUAAAAGGACGAAAGCCUGAUGCGGUUCUGGGUGUAGAAACCCGAAUGCUUGGCCAAUGACCCCGGUCCCUGACGACGACUAUCGGAGGUGAAGCAGGGGAUGAGACCCCUUUCUUGUGUUGGGUUCCAAGCGAUUUGCAAGUUGUUCCCGCUGGCGUUGUGGCGCCGUGCAUCCGAUGGAACGUCGUUUGUAACCGUUCUUAUGCGUACGUCUGAGACUUGCUGACGGAUUGGGCGAGUUUUGUACGGUGGAGAAGGGGAUAUAUCCUGUUUUCGACGUUUGUAGGAAGAGUCUCGGCACUUUUGUUCUUCCUGUGUUUCUCUUG